AUGUUGUAUAAUCACAAUCUACAAGCUUUGACAUUACUAGAACCCAUAUUUUAAGAAGCAAUUAUGAAGAGCUGCUCUGUUGUUCGUGAAAAUAACAAAAACAAACAUUUCAAACCAACCAAGGAACCCAUGUUUUCUGACUACUUACAAGGAAAUCCUGUUAAAACAAUAACACAAAAAUGAACAAAGUUCCACGAUAUUUUGAGAAAGUAGAAGAUUCAAAUGAAACUCAAAAUAAAGAUAUUAAACCGAAAAAAGAAUUUAAGAAGGAUAUUGUGUUUAAUAUUGACGUGAAACCAAAACCAUGGGGUCGUAGAAGGGAAGAUAAUCGAAUCAGAAAGGAACAAAGAAAUCCAAAUAAAAUAAGUAGAAAGAAUGUUAAGUACAGUGCUAAUACAAAACCAAAACUAUGGGAUCAUAGAACAAGAGAUGGUGGAGUUAAAAAAAUCAAAUAUGUUCCAAAUCCUAAUCCUAAGUUUCCUGGUCGUGUUCCCAUACCUAAACAAAAACUACAGAGGCAUAGUAGAGGUGAAGGCAUAGAGAAAAAAGGAAUUCGAACAGGUGUGCACAGGAAGAAAUUUGAAAAGAAAGAAAGAAAUAUUAAAUUAGCAACUGAAUUAGCAGCCACAGGUUUUCUAGAAGUAGAUGCUGGUGAAUCGAGCACUCAGUUUACACAGAAAGAGAUUGCAGCUAGUGUUGAUAUUAUAUCAGCUACAAAAUACUUUGAAUUACAUCUGCAUGAAUUCGGCCCCUAUCGUGCGAAAUAUACUCGCAAUGGAAGACCUACUUUUGGGUGGUAAAAUGGGGCACGUUGCCUAUGAGGGCACCUUCAUCUAAACAUCCGCUUGUUAAAAUGCUCUGCCACAAGUCACCAUUAACUGCACUCCACAUUGAUCCCAGAGGAAUAUACAUGGCAACUGCUGCCACUGAUAAAAGCAUUAAAGUGUGGGAUGUAAGACAACUGGAUGAACCUUUGCAAAAUUAUACUGUGAGGUCUGCUGCUGAAUGUAUCAAUUUCUCUCACACAAACAUGUUGUCCUGGGCAUGGGAAAUAUUAUCGAGUUUAUAGGGAUUGUUGUACAAAAACUGCAAAAAGAGCUUAUCUGCGGCAUCGACUGACAGGCUUUGUGAGCAAUAUGGAUUUUUGUCCAUUUGAAGAUG